AUGAUUGGUCCCGGUGAAGAUAGAUGGCGCGGAGGUCGGCCUUACGAUCAUAAUCGCCAGUCGGGGCAGCGACACCCCAACAAUCGGAACAUGAACAUGCACGGCGGAUCUCGAGGCGGACAUAAUCAGAAUCAGAAUCAACAUCAGAACCAGAACCAGAACCAGAACCAGAACGCCUGGGGAGCGGGCGACUCACGCGACCAGCUCUCCGCCGGACUGUCCCAGGACCAGCACGUUCCCGUACGAGGUUUCAAUGCCGCCGAGGCAAAGGGUGCACUGAGGAGAGCACCGAGACCCUACUUCUACAAGACCCCCGGCAAAGAUGCGAACAACCGUUCGGGCGGGCCGUGGGGAUCCAAGCCGAACGCGAUGGCCAACGGGAAGGAUUUCUUCCUCGAGCUCCGAAAGCAAGUCACGACUUUGAAACAGGGUGGUAAUGUGGCGGGUGGCUAA